GGAAUCAGGGUUACACUUAUAUCGUUUCUUUAGGAAAAGUAUUCCAUCCAAUUUUACUUAGAAAAAAUGCCUUUUUCAUUAAAAGACAAACGAUGCAGUCGCAGACUGUCUUGAGUUGCUAGAUCUGUCCUAGAACUUAACAGUUGAUAUGGCUGAAACAGGAAAUACCAUCAUUGUGUGCAAAUUGUCUUCUGGGGGGGAAGACCAGGUGUUUCUGCACACAGACCUUUAAAAGGCCAAGGCCUGAGUAAGCUAGAAACCUUUGCUUCAGAUGCAGUAGUUGAGUUCCAGAGGCUUGCUCUCUUCUGCCUGUCUGCUGCACUGUCUGUGACUGUACAGGGAGAGACAGAUGAACAGACAGACGGACAGUGGGAAGUGUGUGUGGGGGGGUGUGGAAUGCUGGGCCAGCUGGUGUACCAUCUCCAGCCUAAGAACCUGGAAGUGCCUGCAGGAACACAUCUAGAGUACCGUGCCCCGUUCUGAGCUGCUCUGUUCAAGAAAGGAAACUUCUUGUGCGUCCAGCUGAGGGCGACAAAGAUGAUUAGGAAUCUGGAGCAUCUGUUUUGUGUGGAAAGCCUGGGUCUGUUCAGCCACUGAGAAGUGGCUUCUUCCACAGACGAGAGGGGAUUUCAUCACUGCUUAUAAAUAACCCAAAAUGCAGGAGUGCAGAGGAUGGUGCAGCGAGAUGGUGUGCCGGGCUCUGUUCAGCCUGGUGCAGCGGGAGGACAAGGGGCAAAGCAGCGCAGAAGAACGUGAGAAGCCAGGCAUUUUCAUCCAAGCGUUAGAACGAGUACCGUUAAUGCACACAAAGGAGGGCGGGCUGGGAGCGGGAGGAAGGGAGGCGGGCAGGCUGCGCGCUGAGCAGAGGGCAGGGAAACAGGAAAGAAACGCCUGCGGAGCGCCCCACGGCACGGAGCAGGCCGCACGAGCCACCGCCGCACGCCGGGCCGUCCCGCCACGAGGGCGGGGCUGAGGGAGGUGGGAGGGAGGAGAGCCGCCCCGCUCCGCCCCGCCCCGCCGAGCCGCGAUCGCCGGGCAGGGGCGGGCGGGCGCCAUGGGCGCGAUGCUGUGGUGGGACCAGCUGCGCGCCGGCAGCUCCGAGGUGGACUGGUGCGAGGACAACUACACCAUCGUGCCCGCCAUCGCCGAGUUCUACAACACGAUAAGCAACGUCUUGUUUUUUGUUUUACCACCCAUAUGCAUGUGCUUAUUCCGUCAAUAUGCAACCUGCUUCAACAGCGGAAUAUAUUUAAUAUGGACUCUACUAGUUGUGGUCGGAAUUGGAUCUGUUUACUUUCAUGCCACCCUCAGUUUCCUGGGCCAGAUGCUGGAUGAGCUGGCUAUUCUGUGGGUUCUUAUGUGUGCUCUUGCCAUGUGGUUCCCUAGAAGAUACCUACCAAGAGUUUUUCGGAAUGACAGGAGCCGGUUUAAAGCUGCUGUUGGUGUCCUGUCUGGAGUUACUACCUGCCUUGCCUUCAUUAAACCUGCCAUCAACAACAUCUCACUAAUGACUCUGGGUGUUCCUUGCACAGCUUUACUCAUUGCUGAGUUGAAGAGGUGUGAAAACUUGCGUGUGUACAAACUUGGUCUGUUUUCAGGUCUUUGGUGGAUGUUAGCACUUUUCUGCUGGAUCAGUGACAAAGCUUUUUGUGAAAUUUGGUCGUCAUUUAACUUCCCCUAUUUGCACUGUGUAUGGCACAUUUUGAUUUGCCUUGCGGCUUACCUAGGCUGUGUCUGUUUCGCUUACUUCGACGCUGCCUCCGAGAUCCCUGAGCAGGGCCCUGUCAUAAAGUUCUGGCCAAGUGAGAGAUGGGCAUUCAUUGGUGUUCCGUACGUCACCCUCCUCUGCGCGCACAAGAAAUCACCGGUGAAGAUCACAUGAAGUUAGCUAUGGAGUGGGAUGGAUUUUCAACUUUCAUUCCAGCUCAGAUAGUAUCUAAAAUAAUGAUAAAUGAAUAGGGUUGUAUUUUAUCUUCUUCUUAAGAUAAACAGCCUUCCCAAAGUCAUAGAAACAGGUGGCAACUGUGUUCUUUCUCCUCCUUCCGGAGAAGAGAGAGGUAACAGGAACAUGAAAGCCCUUGAACUAUUUUCUCUGGUUGGCUCUAUUUUGCACUUUUUUUUUUAAAUGUAGCAUUUCAUUUGAUAAAAAUUAUUUCCAAGUGUCAGUGACUAGAAAUGAAGCCCCUGCAGUAGAUCAUUUUUGAUGCUUGGUUCAGUUUUGUUAACCUCUGUCUUGAGGCAUUCUUUAUAAGAGAAACUUAUCAAAGAGGCCUGCUGCCAUUUUUGUGUCCUCAGCACUGAUGCAUGUGUCCUUUUCAGCUGAGAAGUAGAUGUAAUUGCACAUCGGCCACAAGGGCGUGCUCAUGUUCCUCCCAUCCUGGAGUGUAACAUGGGGAGUCUGGAUGUGCAUCAAUUUGGAUCAGAAAGCAUUUGAUUGUUUCCCCAAGUAUUGCAGGAGACCAGUGCAAAGUGAUUAUCACUGGAUAUCUGGGUCAAAGCAAUUAGACAGUGUAAGUGUGGAAAUAGCUGACAGAAGAUCCAGUCCCUAAAACUAAAUAGGAGUUCAGGGGUUUUGAAUGUUUCUAUAUUUCUGCUGAUUUGUGGACAUUAAUAUGCUGCACAUUUUCCUCUUGCAGAAAUGUUGUGGAAAUCCUUCUCUACCUCUGCAGACAUGUUUGGUAUUGAAUUUGUUAUUGAAGCUUAUACAGAAAUAUGUCAGAACACAGAUGACCAAAAUUGACAGUGUGGUUAAAUUGCUAAGACUCCUGGGGUACCUGGCUGUAUAUUAAAUUUGAGAGUUAACUUCUCAACAAAGCUUUGCAAAGUGACAUAAUAGUAGUCCAGUAGUGCUCUGCUGAUGAUAUUUAAGAAAAAAAUAGGUAAUACAGGUACCUGCUUAAAAACAAAGAUAAAAGACAGAUUUCAUUAAUCAAUGAAAUGUGAUACUCAGUCUUGCAGUGUUAGAAAGGAAUAGCAGAUUCAAGCUUUCUGUUAGUUUUCAGCUUGUUUUGUAAGGGGUACAGUUAGUUUAAAGUUUUACAUUGGGAUUGAAGUUCUGGAAUGCCUAUGGUUCUUGCAAGCUGUUAAUCUAGCAGAUCAGCUAGAUCUGAUAACAAAACAGUGCAAAGUGUAGGUAAGCUUUUUUAAAAUAUAGUUGUGACUGCUUGGAGAAAAUGGAGUCUACUUAAAUUCUACCAAAUAUCAGAACUGUAAGUAGGUUAAGGAUUUAGAUGUGCGUUAAGUGAUAUUUCCUUUUCGGAUACUAGACCAAGAAAUAACAUUUUCUCUGUGCUUUGCUACUCAGUCCCAUAUACUUAUUUUUUAUGAAUAUGAGUAUGUACUCCGUACAGUAUCAUCUUUAGGAAAAUGGCUUUUAACAAGAACUUAGCUUUCACGCAUUGUAAAACCUUUUAAGUAAUUUUGUAUUCAAAUUUAUGCUAGAAAAUGGAAACUGAUGUGUAUGCUAUUACCCUUAAAGCAAAGUUGUUAGUAGGGGAUAUAACUUCUUGAGAACUUUGAGGUGGGUUAGUAGCCUACUGUUAGAUUGAUUAAUGGAUCAGAAAAGUAGCCAAAUCUGUUUACUUCAUUGCAGCAAUGAAUAUUUAUACCACUUGCUUGUAGAUUUGUUGGACAGAAACAUGGUUUUGGGCACAUAUUUUUGUAUGAAACUUGUUUGUAACUAUACACACAGCAAUGUUUGUUACUCAUUGGAAGCCAGCUACUUUUUCCAUUUUUUCUUCUUCUCUCCUUGAUUCUGAAAUGCUCGGUUUUAACCAAUUCUCAGGUAUUAAUCUUGUGAUUAGAUCCUUAUACUGAUAGACUUAUUGUCUGGAGCCCAGCUAGGGUUGCUGUUUUCAGAUAAAGUCCUACUUUGAGUUAGAUUUCUUCAAUAUUGCUUACUAAAUUAUUAUUAUAAAUAAAAUAUUUUCAGUAUUGCUUGGGGAAUUAAUGACUGCAAACAUAUGUACUGUUCAGAAUGAUCGGAGACUUUCCACUUAAUAUUUUGUUUGAAAGAAAACUGUGACUUGAGGGCUCUAACCAUCCUGCAGACAGCUGCUGUCUUCUGCCCGAGAGUCUGACUGCUCACAAAGGAAUGAUUUUAUAAUUUAAAAAAUGUAGGGCAGUCAGCUAUUGCAGAAGUGAAUAAAUGCAGGUAUAGUUCAGAAUAAUCUCAAAUUUAUUUAUUAACUAACCUCUAACCCUCAUACUUUUUAUAAGAGAUGCUGUGAACAAAUAUUACUAUCCAUUGUACGAAACUACACUGUAGAUUGGGGGUAUUCCAGGUAUAAGGGCACUCCAGCAUUUUCAGAUGUAGUUAUUGCACUUUACCUUAAAUUAUUAUUAACUUCUAUUCCAACAAAAGCCACAUUUAUUUCAAAAAUGAAAAAAAAAAUGCAGGUUUUGCAUAUUCACAGCUUUACGGAUUAUACUUUGAACUAAGGCUCCAAUUUAGGAUAACAUCAGUACAGAAGAAGUAUGUAAUUGGCACACCAAGGGGUUUAUACACGCCCUUAUCAGAAAAAUGAAUAGAAGCGUGCACAAAUAGGCAUGUUAUCCUGGAGUAUGAAGUGAUGGUUUUAAAAUCCUGGAAUGCUUCCUUCCUUUGCUGGCAGGAAGUUACUGGGUUUCUAGACUUCUCUUUUAAUUAGCAUUUUAGUUUAACUAGUGGAACACAAUAGUGUGUUGAACAUAAUGUGGAUUUUUUAUAGAUAGAUGUUGGUAUGUGAGUUAAAUUUUAAGAAUAUUUAAGAAAGGACGUUUAGAUCUGUCAUGACAAAACAAUCAUUCAGUAAAAAGUGUGUAAGGAAUUGUUCUGUUUUGCAUCUCAUUUGAAGUCUGUAUACUGAGUAUUUGUGGAAAGCGUGUAACACUUGGAACAUUAAAUUGCCUUCAGAAUAAAUACUGUUUGCCUUUUCAUGCUUCGUGUUUGUGUAGAGAAGUACAGCAGCCAGUAUAAUGCUUU